GCAGUGGGAAGUUAGGUAAUCCAGCACGAAAGUACCACCAGCCCAAAGUACUACAAGUACCUGAGCAAAGCUCGCCUCACGCUGCAUCGUCUCAUGUACCUUGUCUUGUCACGAUCACCAUCUGACACAUCCUCCUCCUCCCGAUAACUAACUUCACAUCUUCCACCCCCUCCUCACUCCUCACAUCCCCAACCACUUCCCGCUCAGCCCAACUCAAUCACCAUGCUCCGCCAAUCCAUCACCAAGCCUCUCACCAGCACUGUCAUCAGCCGCUCCUUCUCUGCUCUUGCCCCCAGAAUGGGUGCAGGUGAUACCGGUGCUCCCCGCGCUGGCGGCGUUCAGUCAGGUGACUCUUUCACCAAGCGUGAAGCCGCCCAGGAAGGCCGUUACAUCCACGAGAAGGAAUUGGAGAAACCUACAAUCAACAGGCUCCAGAAGCUAAAAGCGAGCAUCAAGGCUCAGCGUGAACACCUUGACAAGCUCGACGAGCACAUCGACGAGAUCACCAAGGAUCAGGGCGGCGAGCAGAACUAGAUUUGCGUGCACAGCACACUUCCCAAUACCCCAACA